CCAAUUAAACCCAAAAUCAGAUCCAAAACUUCUUAAAUCAUUGCAACAGAAGUUCUCCUCUUCAUCAAAAAAACAGAAGUUUUCUUCUCCCUGCAAGAGCAAAUGGCAACCACAGGAGACGAGGUGAAGUUGUUGGGCACAUGGUAUAGUCCCUUUGUGGUGAGGGUGAGGAUUGCGCUAAAUAUCAAGGGGGUGGGUUACAAGUUCUUGGAGGAGGCGCCUGGGACCAAGAGCAAGCUCCUGCUCGAGUCCAACCCCGUCCACAAGAAGAUCCCCGUCCUCAUCCACAAUGGCAAGCCCAUUUGCGAGUCCAUGAUCAUCGUUGAGUACAUUGACGAGGUAUGGGCUGGUGUAGGGCCUUCAAUCCUCCCAACGGACCCUUGUGAUCGCGCCAUCGUUCGCUUCUGGGCUGCGUACCUUGAUGACAAGAUUCCAAAUUCACUCCGGAUCAUAGGAGGAGUGGUUGAAGGGGAUAAGGCAGAAGCAGUAAAAGAAAUAAUCACCGUACUCCAUCAGGUGGAAGAUGCUCUUAAGAAAUGUGAAAAAGGAACAAACUUCUUUUGCUACUUGGAUAUUGCAUUAGGGGGCUACUUCCGUUGGCUUCAGGUUGUGGAGAAGAUGUUUGAUGUCAAGUUUCUAGACGAGGAAAAGACACCUGUUCUGGCCGAGUGGGCCAAGCGUGUCUGCUCGGACGAUACUCUGGCGAAUAUGAUGCCAGAGGUUGAGAAGUUGGUAGAAAUCAACCAAGUUAAUAAGGUGGCAAAAUGAUGCUAACUACUAUGCAAAGAGGUUGGUGUUGAUAAAUAUAAACUUCUCGUUAUCCGAACUACUGGGUGUUUGCUAUAUGAAACUAUGCAUUUUCUUAAGUCCACAUUAUGUAUAUUGCACAUGCCCUUGAGGCGAUGCUAAAUAUAUUACAAGUUUUGCUCCGGUGCUCUAAAGGAUAUU